GUCCAAAGCACCGUUGACGUUGCUGAAGGAGUGUUGAGCAGUUCCUUAAACCCAACAACAGCCGCCGCAAAUCGGGUAGGAUCGCCUUCGUCAGUUUUGCGUCAGAGUGAUCCUCGUGAUUCCCAGCAACAGAACUCCAGGACCUAUUCACCGACAUCGAGCAGGGUCAAUCUUGCGUCGGCCAUGCUCAAACAUAAGGGCAAUAACAACCACAUCGCCAACAACAGCAGCAGCAACAACAACUUUAACAACGCGGAGAAGGUUUUCGACCCAGGGUCUAGGCUGGGGGAAUAUUUGGGGGGCUCUGUGGGAGAGAAGAAGUGGGUCGCCGGGCCAGGAGCUGGCAUGAGGAGGGCUAUUGCCACUGGAGGAAGCCAGCGGCCAACUGGAGACUCAUCAUCCAACCUGGCGAAUGAAGAAUUGCAAAAAGUGCAUCCCUCCGAAGAGGAGCGAAUCAACCAGAAGCGAGUUAGUGUCAAAAGGGCCCUGAACAAUUUGGACGAGCUAUUGGACCAGUUGCGACCAACCAUGGAUCACCCGAAAGAGGCUCUUGACGAGUCCAGGGACGAUCAACCUCAUCGUGAAAACGUGGAACAAUCGCUGAGCCAAGUAUCGGCUUUAAUGGAACACUUGGUGAACCAGGCUGAGCUGAAUCACGAUGACACGGAUCCAUCGCAGUGCCUGGACCAAACGCAAUGCCCGGACCAGUCGCGGAAAACAUCCACGGCCUCUGUGGCCUCCUCCAAUUCGUCGGCGUCUUCCUUGUCGUCCUUGAUUGAAGACAAAAGUCGGAACCAGUCUCGCGAGGCCAGUGCUGGGCCUGAUAAUUUCUCGGAGGCCACCACAUCCAGGAAGACUUCUCAUGCUGAGAGUUUGCGAGAGGUCGAGGAUCAGGUGGAUUCCUUGACGAAGCAACUCACAGAGUGUUUGGAAACAAAAGAGGUGGUCAAUUGGAGCCGUGAUAUCAAAUCAACAACCAUCUUUGGCAAUUGCCCCAAGUGCGACCAACCUAUUGAGAAAGAGGCCUCAGUGGUUGGCGAAUCCCAUUACCAUCCCGGUUGUUUCAUUUGUGAAGGAUGUCAAGAGCCUCUGGGGACUCAGAGCUUCUUCAUCAUUGAUGGCAAGAACUACUGCUCGAAGGAUAGAGAGCGAUUCCUGGAGAAGUGUGUCAAAUGCAUGGAAAAAAUUGAAGGCGACACCAUUCGUCCACGUGAAUCUGGCGAAGCGUAUCAUCCGUCGUGUUUUUCGUGCCAGCAAUGCUCCAAGGAGCUUUUUGGAAAAUACUAUGACAUCAAUGGUCAACUGAUUUGUGAAGACGAUUACAUUGCCAGUCGAGAAAAAUGCUGCAAGUGUCGCGAGGCGAUCAUCGGGACUGUUUUGAAGGCUCUGGAUGGUGUGUUUCACCCGGAGUGCUUCACUUGUGCCGCUUGUCCCCUUUGCUUGGACGGAGUCCAGUUCUUUCUCACCGAGGAUGAAGAUCCUUUGUGCGAGACUUGUUAUACUAGGUUGGCAGCCAAACGUUGCGACGGUUGCAAAGAGCCUAUUGUGGAAGACUGUCUGGUGAGCAAAGACCCUGGAGGGUACUAUCACAAGAAUUGCUACACGGAGAGAGUGGGACCUUCCAGGAGCUAAAAUCAUGAAUAGUUCAUCAUCAAGGAGUAUCCCGCCUCCAGAUAAGACCUCCAUCCAGCCAGAUUGAUAUCCCAACUUCUUUCCCCAAACUACAUGUAACCAGUUUGGACGGCAAUAUUUGCGGGUAUUUGCUCUAAAUUCAGAAGAAGACAAAAACAUCACUAAGACCAUUUGCCACUUUCCAACCAAGAAGACCAAGACAGACACCAUGAUAAGACAGACUUGGAUUCACAGAAGAUCAAAUCCAAGUAAGCAAGGAAGCCAACCGACCAACGGACCCGCCACUCAACCAAUCCACCAGUCUUGCUUGUCACAACCCUCUCUCAAAAAGCGAAAAGCAAAAGAGAGAACGAGACGAGGAGGGCGAGAGAGAGAGAGAGAGAGAGAGAGCCAAGUAUUCAAUGCAUGACGCUUCUACUAGCAAUCUUCAAGCUUCUUUAGUCCCAUGAAUGAAGAAGAAAAAGUUCAUUUCAACUCGAUCCCGAGCGAGACUUCCAAGUCAUUCUGAUGCUUUAGAUCUGGCAAACACCCUUUCCUUUCACAGCCAGAGCCUUAAGUCACCUACGAUUAACACAAAAAUGUAUGAGAAUAAAUAAACCUAUGUAUGAGAAUCAGUA